GAAAAACAAAACGGCUUUAAAUACAAUUGAUGUUAUAGUACGGUGUGUUGAGGCUUGGCUCAGAGUCACAGAAAAAGAACAUACUCCAGCCACGAACACAGUGCACUAUAGUCUAUAGCUUCACCUUUUUGUUGUUGUUGUUGUUGUUUCAUUCACCAUGUCUACUAUGUCUGAAGGGUAUUAUAAUUCCAAGAAGAGUGGUGAUAUAUAUGGCCAGCAGGGAACUCGCGCAGCAUUGAGCAUGUCAAGGCUUCGUUGCAUUCUGCGAGGGUUGAAUUUCAAGACCUAUAUGUUUUUGUUUCUUGUUGUUCCAAUGGGAAUCUUCAGUCUGUAUUUUCAUGGGCUGAAAAUCUCAUACUUUCUGAGACCCCUGUGGGAAUCUCCUCCAAAGCCCUUCCAUGAAAUCCCUCAUUAUUAUCAUGAGAAUGUGUCAAUGGAGACCUUGUGCAGACUUCAUGGUUGGAGAAUUCGCGAAUCGCCAAGACGAGUCUUUGAUGCUGUCUUGUUUAGCAAUGAAGUUGACAUCCUCACCAUUCGCUGGAAAGAAAUGUAUCCAUAUGUGACACAUUAUGUGAUACUCGAAUCAAACUCAACAUUUACAGGAUUGCCCAAACCGUCGAUUUUCGCAAGCAAUAGGGACAAUUUUAGGUUUGUUGAGUCUCGGUUAACGUAUGGGAUGAUUGGAGGAAGAUUUAAGAAAGGCGAGAAUCCUUUUGUUGAAGAGGCAUACCAAAGAGUAGCCUUGGACCGGCUUUUAAAGAUAGCAGGAAUAGAAGAUGACGAUCUCUUGAUAAUGUCUGAUGUUGAUGAGAUUCCUAGUGCUCACACAAUUAACCUCUUGAGGUGGUGCAAUGGUAUCCCUCCUGUUCUUCACCUUCAAAUGAGGAAUUACUUGUACUCGUUCGAGUUCUUUCUAGACAACCAAAGUUGGAGAGCGUCAAUACAUAGAUACCAGACUGGCAAGACAUGUUAUGCACACUAUAGGCAGGCUGAUGUCUUGUUGGCAGAUGCUGGAUGGCAUUGUAGCUUCUGUUUCCGCCGUAUAAGUGAAUUCGUAUUCAAGAUGAAAGCUUACAGCCAUAACGAUCGGGUGAGGUUCGCGCAUUACUUGAACUGUAACAGGAUUCAGGAUGUGAUAUGCAAAGGGGAUGACCUAUUUGACAUGCUCCCUGAAGAGUACACAUUUAAGGAUAUUAUUGGGAAGUUGGGACCUAUUCCUCAUUCUUAUUCAGCGGUUCAUCUUCCAUCAUAUUUGUUGAAUAAUGCAGAGAAAUACAAGUUCUUGUUGCCUGGUAACUGCAGAAGAGAAAGUGGCUGAGCUUUUUAGAAUUUGAAAUCUACUGAUAUUGUGUACUAUAACACCAAAAGGAAAAGUAUUGAAUGACUUAUAACUGUGGGGUGCUCAUGGGACAACACACCUUUAUACCAAGCAAAUGCAGGCCUUUCUUGACAUAGUGAUUCGCAAAUGGUUGUUGUGAGGGAAAUAGUGUUACAGUUUUUUCAAGCUUUUGUAGCUUAUCUUAAGAUAUGCAUAAAGCUAGCCCUACUUGUUUAAUAUAGUAGCAAGACAUUCCCAAUCUUUUCUCAUGGGAAUUUGGAUUUCUUAGAAUGGGUUAUAUACACAUAUUCUAACCACUUAGGUUGUCAAAAUGACUCAUAUCUAGUUUAAAUUACUUCUAUAGUUCAAUUUUGAUUGAUUUCCCCCA